AGCUAUCCCGGCAGAAGAGAGCUCAUCUCAUCACUUUAGACUCGUGCGCGAGAACGCGCCCUUUCAUUGCAAGCUCCGUCUGCCCUCCUCCCGCAACCGUUGCAGUCUGCACUAACGUGGCUGACGAGCUCGUCGUACAUAGAACACACACCCAAACUGCGUUGACGAUCCGUUGCUCUCACAUAUUCUACGAUUGCUUUCUCUUCUGUCUUGCUUUUGCGAGGUGCGUAGCGCACUGCUUCCAUUCAUCGAACCUUUUGUUUUUGCGAUUCACGAUCUCUUGCGUGAUGGCGGCGGAGGUCCUCACAGGCGCCACGCGCUUGGAGCGUGUCACCGUGUACGUCGAUCUCGCCCGCGAGGCGGAAUUCCUGCCCGCCAUCACCGACUGCGCCGCUCGUCUCGCCCCCCAGUGCGUUGUUGUCACAUCAAAGGACAUCCUGGCAGCGCCACCCUUGUCAGCUGCGGGUGUGGCCACACAGAACCAAGACGACGCCUGCACACCUUCGCGCACGGCAACUACAAUCGGUCUCAUCCGUCUGUGGCAGGCCGAGGAGGCGGACGUGCACACACGCGAUGUGAAUAAUACAGUUCUCUUUAUGAACGCGGCGGAGCUCUUGAUUACCGACAAGACCGCGGCGGACGGCGCGGUGACGUACGCACUUUACCGUCGGCAGAUGCCGGUCUUGUCCUUUGCCUCAGCCCAUCUACCCGCCUGCUCCUCCCUUCAGCAGCUCCUCUACACCGGUGCGAAGGGCACGACAGCAGAGGAGUGGAAGGAUACAAUACGGCAGUUCCUGACCUUCCCGGCGGAGCGGGGAGUGUACACGGUGGCCUCCACUGUCGCCGCGGAUGCUGCUGCAGUACACGUUGUAGUGAACGCAGAGGGCUAUCCAAUACAGCUGCCACACCUGUCGCACGGUGCUCACACCAACAGCAGCGAUGACAACGGCGCCGCGAUGCUUCUUCCGCCGCCGCCGACGCUCUUUGCGGGAGCUCUGGCGGAGCUGCGAUGCUCGAGCAGCGAGCACCUCGACGUGCUGCGCCGCCGCAAUCCGAUCUUACCUGGCGUCUUGGAGGCUUUUCAUCGGUAUCAGAACCGCGGGGUGAUGCGUGCGAUGCUGCAGCGCGGCUAUCGUGUGGAAGUGGCCCCGCAGACGGAGGCGGCGGGGUUGACGUGGGUGCAGAAGUUUGUGGCGCUCGGAGAGCCGGACGAGACGAUGCAGUUGGCCAAAGUGGUGACCGCGGCGUCGUCGCUGGCGAAGUUUGAGUCGCACUGGUUGGAGCUUCCGCUUCCCGAGAAGAGUGCAUGA